CCUUGCUGCUCCAGACAAUGAAAAUGGAGAAAAGUUCAGAAGAACCUUUACGGUUGUGGCUACCAAGAAAGGGAUUUGUGUUGCCUUCUCAGAAAUCCUCCCUGUGAUAAAUAAACAGAAAACAAAGGACCUUCCUCAAUAUUUUAGCAACAGCCAAGUAAAUGUCAUUGUUUGUCAAUUAGAUUUUCAGGCCUCAUUUGUAUUAACAAUAAUAAUACAUGAUAUUGAAAAGACUAAUGAAAUGUUUGGGAGGAAAGUAUGGAUUACAACAGCUUUGACAGACAUAAGUGUGAGAUAUUUUUAUCGAUUUGUUAAUCUCCAGCAUGAACACUUUUUGAUAUCCUUUUCAACCCAGACAAACCGAAGGACACGAUCUUACGAUUUAAAUUCAUAUUUUUCCACUCUCAGAAAGUUUGUGAAGACAGCUUUUCAGCGUUCCUAUUUGAGCCCUGGGCUGUCAAAGAGAAUUUGGGAAAGAUGCACAGAAAAAGAGAACUGGGAAAUCCCACCUCACAAUGUGGUUGCAGAUAUUUUGUCUGAGGACAGCCACAGUAUUUCCACUGCAAUCCAGGCUGUCUCCUCAGUGCUUCAUGCUUUGUGUUCCUCUCACCUCAGUUGGAGAAGGAUCCAGAUCGGGGAUCAUCUGGUACCUCAGGUAGUACAGCCAUGGCAGAUUCAUCCUUUCCUAAAAAACUUCCAGCUUUACAAUCUUUCUGGGGAUAAUGUUUAUUUGGAUGAGGAGGGAAAUCCUGUUGCUGACUUGGAUAUCAUAAACUGGGCAAUGUUUCCUAACAAGUCUACAGUUGGAGUGAAUAUUGGGAAUAUAGAAAGAGAAGCCUCUUCAGAAGUCAAGGUCUCCAUCAAUCAGAGUGCCAUCAAAUGGCCAAUAUCAUUUAACCAGAAGGUGCCUUUUUCUAGGUGUACUAAAAGUUGUCUCCCAGGAUACAGCAAGGUGAUGAGAGAGGGAGCACCAGUUUGCUGCUACGACUGCUCCUCAUGCAUUGAAGGAACAAUUUCCAGACAGGAAGAUGCAGCCCAUUGUGAAAAGUGUCCAGAUGACCAGUAUUCCAAUAAGAAACGAGAUCAGUGUGUCCCCAAAAAUAUAAGCUUCUUAUCCUAUCAAGAAUUGCUGGGACUCAUCCUGGCUUUCUUUGCCAUCACUUUGUCCCUAACCACCGCCUUUAUUCUGGGAAUCUUCAUGAAAUACCGAGACACUCCCAUAGUCAAAGCCAAUAAUUGUGAACUCACCUACAUCCUCCUGGUUUCACUCCUGCUUUCUUUCUUGACCUCCCUUCUAUUCAUCGGUCGCCCCAUGAAAAUGACUUGUCUCCUUCGACAAACCAUUUUCAGUGUUGUUUUCUCAGUUGCUGUGUCUUCCUUGCUGGCCAAGACUGUCAUGGUGGUGGUGGCCUUUCUGGCUACAAAGCCAGGCAGCAGCAUGAGGAAAUGGCUGGGGAAGAAUCUGGCCAACUCUGUUGUUUUAUCCUGCUCUGGUAUUCAAGUAGGCCUCUGUAUGAUGUGGCUGGGAGUCUUUCCCCCAUUCCCAGAUUCUGACUUUCAUUCCCAAUCAGAACACAUCCUGCUGCAGUGCAAUGAAGGCUCUGUCACCAUGUUCUACUCUGCUCUUGGCUACAUGGGUUUUUUGGCUGCCAUCUGUUUCUUGGCGGCAUUUCUGGCUCGGAAUCUGCCAGGGGCUUUUAAUGAAGCCAAACUGAUCACCUUCAGCAUGUUGGUUUUUUGUAGCGUUUGGAUCUCCUUUGUUCCCACAUAUCUGAGCACCAAGGGGAAAUACAUGGUGGCUGUGCAGAUCUUCUCCAUCCUGGCCUCUGGCCUGGGUUUACUGGGCUGCAUCUUUAUCCCCAAAUGCUACAUUAUUAUCCUGAGACCUGCAAUGAACACCAAAGAACAUCUGAUGAUAAAAAAUCAUUAAGGUUCCUUGUGUUGCUUUUUAUUUUUGUAUAGUUUACAUGCAGCAUAAAAUCGCAUACUUUGAAGUAAUUUUGUAUGUGUUGUUGCUUAUCUUUCUUUAUUCCAUGUGAAUUUUGAAUUAUAAUAAUUGAGUAGUAAAGUUGCUAAAACAACUCAAACUAUUUGAAAUAAUCAUAUCCUUCAAUUGUCCUAAUCUGAAUUCAUAUUAUGACAUUAAUAAAAUUUCUGAAACCAGGCCAGAUAAACUGUGACCAGAGAUGUUCUGAUAUGGUUUUAGAUUAAAUUAAAGACUAUG